AUGGAAGAUCACAAGUGUAAACUAUCUCUAUCCUCGUGUAAAAUAUAUUUUCAAUUGCUUUCCUUUUUCAUACAACAAGCAUUCAAGCAGCACGUCCUGCGGCUGUUAAACAUCAUGCGCUUCACGCUGCAGCAGCAUGGCGAGAUGCUCAACAAGCUCUGCGCAAUCCUUCCAGUCCACGCAGUUAUUGCACACCCAUCCCUCGUCGAACAAGCGUUCAACACACUACUUGACCUCCUGGCCUUUGAGAAAGAGUUGGAUGAAGAGAAGGCUCUACGUCUUGUUCAUGAGCUCAAGCAACUCGGGGGCAAGACUGCAAGCAAGGCCACGAAGCGGAUGCUGACGUAUCUGCUAACUGAUGAGCUAGCUGCACAGUUCUCGUGGAUCGGAAGAAAGGGAAAACUCAACUUUUCAGUUUUAAAGACUGCCACUGCAAUUACUGAUGCUGCAAAGAAGUUGCCAGGAGGUAAAGAUGCCAUCGAGGACACAAUCAAGUCUUGGCUUCGGCACGCCCCUGAAAGGGCCAAGGGCCAAAGGUGCAGAGCACCUGAAGCGCACCAAAAUGAAGGUACGCUUUUCAUGCAUGUGUAG